AUGGGCCAUAGCGACACCACUGCCACGUGGCAUUUUUUACACUCCAGAGAAGCCAUGAGAGCCAUAUUGAGGAAGUUGGUCCAGCCUAUAACGACACAAAAAGCUUAUACAUUUCUUUUCUCAUUGUUAGGUGUGGAAAGCAAGUUCGGUGUGAGUAUUGGAAGAAUUGAAUGGCUGCAUGAUGAGAAACUGUGGUCAUUGUCAGGGGUGGAUGGGCAAAAUCUUGGUCAAUUUAAGGGGCUUGUUGCAUCAGACAAGAAUAUAGUUUCUCCCAGGGUUCCAGAAGUGACAGGAAGGUUGCCACCACUUGAUGGUAAUUUGGUGAUAGAGUUAUCAGGAAAGUUGCUCAAUCUUCCCGUUGAGCCACGUUUCGUUGUAAUGCUGGCAUUUGCAGAGCCUCAAUCAGCAAUUCCAGUCAAAGCCUUUUCUUUUGAAAAUUCCAAAGUUUUAAGCCGGGCUUAUUGUGAUAGCAGCAAGCCAAGCCGUUCUACUGCAAGUGAAAGAUGGGUUCUUCAUUCUACAGCAGAAUAUGCAGAGGAUAUAAUUGCUCAAACUGGACUCAAGAAGCCCUCAGACAUUACACUCAAUAAAGUGGCUGAACAGCUUUUCCAUGAAUUUCAAAGCACAGGGCUUAACAUAUCUCAACCAUUUUUUAAGAAAGCUCAUAGAUGGGGGAGUGCAUUUCCAGCUGCUAGUAUUGCCCCAGAGGAAAAGUGUCUUUGGGACAGGAACAAGAGAAUAGCCAUCUGUGGAGACUUUUGUGUCAGUCCGAAUGUCGAAGGUGCCAUAGAUAGUGGCUUGGCAGCAGCAUUAAGGCUUAAAGAUAGUGUCAGCUCUUUAUAGUUGGACCAUUAUUAUUUGUAGCUCUUCAAACCUUUCAUGUUCAAAACUUCUUUGAGACAUUGAUGUAUUACUGAAGAGGUAAACAUAUGUUGAGUACACUAGAUGUGGCUAAAUCUCUACCGUAACUGUGAAGAUGUCAUCAUGUUAUCUGAUUA